ACUCACAGGUACCAACAUCUCCUUUUUUCAUCUUUCUUAGAAAUGGAAAGCAAAUCAGAAAAUGGCAACUUUCUUUCCAUACCCAUUCUGGCUGAUAGAGCUGAGAAUGGAGUUGAAUUGGAUGGAGUCAUUAGCACUGGCAAAACAUCCUUUCUCAAAACAACUUUCCAUGGACUCAAUGCUCUAUCAGGAGUUGGAAUUUUGUCGACUCCAUAUGCAUUAUCAUCAGGAGGAUGGUUAAGCAUGACACUUCUUCUUCUUAUUGCAUCUGCAACAUUUUACACAUCCUUGUUAAUAAAAAGAUGUAUGGAUUUUGAUCCAACUAUAACAAGUUAUCCUGACAUUGGAGACCGCGCAUUCGGGACAACAGGAAGAAUAUUGGUCUCAGUUGUUAUGAAUCUAGAGCUUUACAUGGUUGCAACCGGUUUUCUAAUUCUUUCGGGGGACAACUUGAAUAAUCUGUUACCAGAUGUGAACUAUGAGUUUUGGGGAUUCGAAUUCGGUGGGAAGCCAAGUUUUGUCUUGAUUGUUGCUCUAGGCAUAUUGCCAACCGUAUUGUUAAAAAACAUGAGCAUUCUUGCAUAUGUAUCAGCCUCUGCAGUAUUAGCUACUCUUGUGAUUAUUGGUUCGAUUUUCUGGUAUGCAACAUAUGAUGGUAUUGGAUUUCAUAAAAGUGGAGUAGUUGUGAAUUGGGGAGGAAUUCCUACAUCUUUUAGCUUAUAUGCCUUCUGCUAUUGUGCCCAUCCUGUUUUUCCAACUUUGUACACUUCAAUGAGGAACCAAAAACAAUUUUCUAAGGUAAUGCUUGUGUGUUUUGUGUUUUCUACCAUAACCUAUGCAACAAUAGCAGUUAUGGGGUACUUAAUGUUCGGAUCGGAUGUGGAAUCACAAAUUACAUUGAACCUUCAAACAGAAAAGUUUAGCUCAAAAUUGGCUAUAUAUACUGCCUUGAUCAAUCCAAUAGCCAAAUAUGCACUAAUGAUGACACCAAUUAUUAACAGAUUCGAGGAAAGUUUGCAAUCAUACUGUCACAAAAAAUCAUUCAGCUACGUGAACAGGACUAUAUUAGUGAUAAGCAGUGUCAUUGUGGCCCUGACUAUACCCUUUUUUGGGGAUCUCAUGUCACUAGUUGGAGCAUUUCUUAGUGUCACAACUUCAAUUUUGGUACCAUGUUUGUGCUACUUGAAGAUUUCAGGCACUCACAGGAAGCUUGAAUUUGAGCUAGUCAUAAUUGGUUUUAUAAUGCUAAUGGGGAUCAUAGUCUUAGUUACAGGUACAUACACAUCCAUGGCAGAAAUAAUACACCUCAUGUAAUUGUGUAUUUUCUAAAAAAAAAUUGUGGGUUCUAUAUUUUUCAGUAGUUGUUAUGAAAAGAUAUUGGUAUUGUAAUCCCAGAACACUCCAAGAUCUUUAUAAGUGCAAUAAUCUGAUACUCUCGAUUAUUGAGUGUGAAUACAGAUUUUUGGAUAAUAUUUGUUCAUGGAAUAUAGGUGCAGUGUAUUUAAACAAAGAGAUAACUAUAAUCAUAACAAUGAA